GCAGCUUGCUUUUCCCGCGCCCACCUUGCUGGGCUCUUCUAAAGUUGCAGUCUGUUGAAAGAAAAAGGUGCAGAACUUCUCUCCAACAUCUACGGAUUGAUUGUCCCAUCUGUGUCGGCGCCUGAACUGCCUUGUAUCCAUUAACUCUUGAAUUGAUCGUCUUCGUCGUCGUCGCCGCCAAACCACCACCAUGCCGCUCGUCUCUAAGCGGGAUGCUUCACGCACCAGUUCGCCUGAAGACGAGGAUGAAGCUUCUGCACCCCCUCCAGAUGAACACACUCGUCUGCUACCCAACAGAAUCGACUCAACUCGCGCGCCACUUCUUAGCCCUGAUGAUCCCGCUGUCUCGCCCUACAACCUGUGGAGCAUCCGACUGUUGCGCUAUCUUACCAUUUUCUUUACUCUCGUCACAUUUGUCUGGUGGGUGAUUGUCUUGGUGUCGGUGUUUGCAACGCCCCCAGGCUUCCAUACUCGUGGCAGUAUAUUCUCUUCGUACGGAUUCUCCAGCUUGGCUCUGGCCAAUAUGCUCUUCACGCUCAUCUUCUUCAUCGUGCCGUCCAAGUCGGUCCGUGUGCUGGUCGGCGUCAUGUCUUUUGGACUUCUUAUCGAUAUGAUCAUCUUGGUCUCUGUUGAAAAGACUCGAUACGAGGAAGGCUGGGUUGGCAUCGUCAGCGUUGUUUGGGCGCUCCUCAUGGGCCUGUGGACGCUCUUUACGGACCGAACCGUGAAAUGGGGCAAAGAAGAGGAGGAACAGCGACUAACUGGACGGGCAGAAUCCCGACACACUGUUGCCGAGUGGCUCUCCAUUAUGCUCUCUACUCUGGCUUAUUCGGUCAUGAUUGCUGCCGUGGUUCUCAUGACAGGCACCAUCAUUCUCCGUGCUGUCGAUGCUGGUCUAGCGCCUCCCGGAAACCUUUACUGGGUUGAUGGUGGCAACUAUCGUCUGCAUGUAUACUGCAAUGGCAAUAAGACGAAUGCCAUGGGGGCCAUGGUUACAACUGUCUUGUUUGAGGCUGGCGAUGACCCUGUGGAGCAUGGCCUUUGGCAAUUUGCGGGCAAUGCAAUUGAAAACGGAACUAUUCAGCGAUACUGUUUCGCUGAUCGCCCUGGUGUCGCCUGGUCCGAUACCUCACCCUCGCCUUUGUCUGCCGGCUUUGCUGUCGAUGCAUUGAGCGAAGCGUUGGCCGAGGCUGGUGAGACUGGGCCCUGGGUAUUGGCCAGCGCGGGUAUUGGAUCUCUCUAUUCUCGUGUCUUUUCUGCCCGCCACGGUCAUGAUGUAGCGGGUAUGCUUCUGAUUGACCCGCUUCACGAAACGCUUCUGGGUCCUCUGGCAUCAGCCCGUGUCGGAUUCUUCCUCUGGCUCCGUGGUAUUUUGUCUCCUCUGGGCUUGGACCGUCUUUCUGGAGCCAUCUUCCGCGGUCGAGGCAGCCAGGACCGCGUCUAUGGCCGAUCUGCUGGGCAGAGCGGCAAGUUCAUAUUUGCGAAGCUGCAGGAGAGCCUCGUGUUGAACUCAUUUACUCGCCGAGAUGUCGAAGGCAGCAGACAAAUCCAAGAAAAGAGUACACCUCUUGUAGUUGUUAGCUCGGGUCAGCACAUCAAGGGCGAUGCAAACUGGGAAGAGAAGCAGCGUGAUCUUACAACGCUCACCGAUGCUCUCAAGAGUUGGGAUAUCGUCGAUGAUGCCCCUCCCCAGGUUUGGCAGACUGAGGCCGGGCGAAAUGCUAUUGAAAAGCGACUGCGUCAACUGGUGAAGAAUUGAGCAGGCCGGCAGGUCCUCUCUUGCCUUUGCCUUUCUCUUUUUCUUUUUUGACUUAUGCAAUUAUUUUACGAAGUAUACGACAGAAAUAAUUUUGGACAAUUAAACAGCACAUUAAUAUAACCGCUAUUUUGCUACGCUGCAGCGAAGCCCUUACUUUGGUAGCAAAGCAUCAUCAACAGCUUUGGUCUGACGUGGAUGGUUGCUGUGCCGCUGGUGCCAAGGCUGUUACACGUGACGUGAUCCACCGCAAUUCAGAAGACAGAACCCCUGGAAAUAGCGAUUGCCAGGCGCCGCAGAUUGGAGCAGGAACAGGGCCUGGUUCCUAUUUGGGGGCAUAUGCAUUG